AAUGGGGGGAGAUGUGGGCAGGGCAAAAAAGAAUACAGGGUGACGCUCGUCAGUCAAAACCACGCCCGUCGCGUCUACGUCACGCCGCUCAUGAAUUAUUCAUCGCGGAGCAGCACGAGAGUUCGGUCGCGUUUCCGAGAAGGUGCGCGAGCCGUGGAAAUGUGGUAGCAAGAUGGCGGCGCUGAAGGAGGAGCAGUGUUACGGGCUGUCUUGUGGCAGAGUGAGCAACGGCAGCAAUGUCUCCGUGUUCCACGUUAAACUCACCGACAGCGCUUUGAGAGCGCUCGAGGACUUUCAGAGCAGCAAGGGUCUGUCUGCUCAACCACUAAUACGCUUCACUGGAAACCAAGGGAAAAUCUCAAUACCCCAGUCGACGAGUCCAAAUAAUCUCAGAACGUUUACCUUCUAUCUCUCCAAUGUGGGGAGGGAUAACCCCCAGGGCAGCUUCGACUGCAUCCAGCAGUACAUUACAAGUGAAGGGAGCAUACAGCUCGACUGCCUGGGAGGGAUCCAGGAUAAGAUUACGGUGUGUGCCACAGACGACUCGUACCAGAAGGCCAGGCAGAGCAUGGCUCAGGCCGAGGAGGAGACACGCAGCCGAGGUGCCAUCGUUAUCAAGCCUGGCGGGAGAUACGUGGGUAAACGGGUCCAGAUCCGGAAACCGGCCAUGGCCCUUUCGGAUGUCGCCCCUCUGCGGCGCGCCCCCCGUCCUGUACUCAUCUCUAGCAGCAUGAAGAAGAGCACGGCGCCGCCACGGCCACUCAGGGAGCGCCUGGUCCACUUACUCGCCCUCAAACCCUACCGGAAGCCUGAGCUGCUGGUUCGUCUCACAAAGGACGGCCUCUCACCCCAGGACAAGGACACUUUGGACAGCCUCCUGCAACAGGUGGCUAAUCUGAAUAGCAAGGACAACACCUUCACAUUGAAGGACUGUUUGUUUAAGGAGGUUCAGAAGAAUUGGCCUGGCUACACUGAGGUAGACCAGCAAAUUCUAAAGAGGAUCCUUGUGCGGAAACUGUGCAAGGCUCAGAGCAGUGGUCCUGUGCUUGGGGAGAAUCCCGUCAGCCCGCAUAAAGAACAGGCCAGUAGCUCUCCGUCUCAGAAAAGAACUACUGAAGAUUUUAUCGACCCGUUGGCAAACAAGAAGCCCAGGAUAUCACACCUGAUCAACAAGGGAUCUGCACCCGUCAACGGAAAGUUAAACACUUCGAACGGGAAGGACUCGAGCGGCUUAUCCAGUGCCCCGCUUCCGCUACUGGAUCUGUCGCAACAUCUUGAGCCUCUGUCGGACGUCAGCAACGACUCGAGCCACAACGGCCGGGACUGUGAAGGCCAGGAUGCGGCAGUGGCUGAGAGGCUUAGCCAAACAACAGCCUUAACAGGGAGCUCUCUGCAGACUGAGUCAGGCUUAGGCUCCACACCUUUGGCACCUUGCAUCAGAGAAGGAUCAAAGGAGCGCAGCAGCUCGACCACAUUGCAUGGCAAGCCGAAGAAGUCCAAAAAACGUAAAGACAAAGACAAGUCCAGAAAGAGAGAUCCGGAGAAGGAGAAGAGAGAGGAAAGGAGUGUGGACAGGGACGGUUCGCAGCUGAAGAAAUUGUGCCAGGUUACUACGAGUCCAGACCUGAACAUGACAAGUAUUCCACAUAAAAGCACAGAUCUGAAUGGAAUGUACAACAGCUCCAGUAUUCCUGCUUCCUCAUCAGUACUGGCAGACUAUUUACAAAAAUACACUGAGAUCGGCUCGCCGGAGCAGCGUCAGACCUAUAAAAAUGACUUUAAUGCUGAGUAUAGUGAGUACCGGGGACUCCACGCACGAAUAGAGGGGAUCACCAGGCAGUUCACUGUGCUGGAUGCUGAGCUUAAACAGCUCCAACAAGGCACAGAUCAGUAUAAGACAAUCCACAAUCAAAUACUUCAAGAGUAUCGCAAAAUAAAAAAGACUAAUCCCAACUACAGCCAAGAGAGGAACCGCUGUGAAUAUCUCCACAACAAGCUGGCACAUAUAAAGAAACUUAUAGCAGAAUAUGAUCAGCAGCAACUCCAACAUUGGCACUAACUCAUGUUGUGUUUUUUUUUUUUCCUUCCCCCUUUACCUUCUGGAAUCAAGUCACUGAGAGACUCUGGAUUCAGGGGAGUUUUCUGGCUUGCUCAUAAACAGCAAUUGCGCCGAGGAAAAAUGUCAUGAAGAGCGCAUUCCUGCCCCCCAUUACAGAGGGCCUACAGCUCUAGCGAGGGCACUACAGGCAGUUAUCGGUUUUCAUUUUUCCUUUUCCCCCCAUUUUCCCGGGGGGAGAGGUGGGUGGUGUUUUAUAGCACAUAGGUCUCGCGAAGAACCGAAGACCUUGGACAUUUUUUUUUCUCCCUUUUGCUUCAUAAACUUGGGCAGGCAACACUGAAACUGAUUUCUCAACAUUUCUUACUUUGUUUAUUAAAAGAAAUUACGAGAAAAAUCAUGUUUCCCUAUAUAUUGAAUGGAAGGUACUCAUAUUAUUUAUUCUUUCGUCUUCCUGGGGGUUUAUACCAGAUUUGUUGUACACUCCUCAGUAUGAGCGCAACUUUUUUUUUUUUCUUUUCAAAGCUAAAAAAGAAAAAACAAAAAAAAUUCAGUAUUUUAUGCAAAUGCUGCCUUUGUUUCCAGGUAGUCCAUAGUUUGCAGUUCAUUACUACAUUAAGUUUAUUCUCUGGCUUAUGCAGGGACUCUAAUGAAUAUCUCAAGCCAAGCCAGUUUAGCCUAUUUUACACUGUGUGUGAUAUUGUACCGGUCUCUUCCAUGCUAUGGAUGUUAAUGAUACGCCUCCAGGUGGAACAUUGGUGUCUACGUGUAAAGGCUUUGACUGUAUGCUGUUGCUUUAAUUCCUGGCUUGGUUAAACCUGCUAUGCCAAAGGUGGCCAUUAUCCUGAAUUAAGAUGAUGGGUGUGUGUCUGAACGUCAGCCGUCUGGAUUCACUCCUGCCCAUCUAUUAGGAAGUUACUAUUGAAAAUGUGCAAAAGCAUUACACCAGCCUUGACAGACUUGGUUUUCAAGUCAUGCUAAUCAGGUAAAUUGUAUAUGAUUCCUCAAAUAUGGCUGUAUCCCUUUAAAGUAUCAAGAUUGCACACACACGGUGAGAUCCAGAGAGUAAGCCGAAGUUUGAGCUGCACAUGUGCUGGACGGUGUUUUUAUUUGCAAGCCCUUUUUUUUUUUUUUUUUUGCUAAUGCAGAGCUCUUUUGUUUGGAGAAAUCUGUAGAUGCAGUCUAUAAAGAUCCCCCCUCCCCAUGCUACACACCAUGCAGUUCUGUAACUGACCUUUAAGCGCCAGCAUUUCGAGAUGACUCGCCGCCGCCGGAUCAGUCUGAGUAUUCGUCAUCCUUAGUAUUCGCCUUUCGGUUGCAUCGAUGCCGAGAACCGAGUCAGAACUUCUAUCUGUCUGUAAAGAUGUCUAAAGAAUUAUUUUCAAGUUAAAAGCUGUCUAGAAAUCUCUUACCCUGUUCAGUCCGAUUUCUGAUCUUGGGCUUUUUAUGUUUAAAUAUUAAAAUUCUGCACUUUG